UAGAGUGGGGGAGUUAACUGUUAACAGUGCAGCAGGACAUCUGAACAUAGGAAAAUGACUCUUAGACCUACAAGCAUCCCAGACUACAGCACCACUAUAUCAUAUGGAAACAAUAACAACACCAAUGAGACUCAUUGUCCAGAUCACGAACUAUGGGAGUGGCUCACUGCACACCAACCAGUGUAUAUUCUGCUCAUCACCGUGCUGGGAAUUAUGCUUAACAUGUUCGUUCUGACUGUCUUCUGCUUCCACAAGAAGGCGUGCACCAUAGCUGAAAUCUAUUUGAGCAACCUGGCUGCUGCUGACCUAGUCCUGGUGUCCUGUUUGCCCUUCUGGGCCGUUAACAUGCUCAAUGAUUUUAAAUGGCCUUUUGGUCAUUUCAUGUGCAAAGUUAUCAAUGUGGGAAUUAAGAUGAAUGCCUACUGCAGCAUAUACUUUCUUGUUCUGGUUAGCAUCGAUCGCUAUGUGGCGCUGGUACAUGCGAUGUCACAUGGAAGAAUGCGUAGUCCAAAAUAUGCUAAACUAGGGUGUCUGCUGACAUGGGGUUUUGGCUUGCUUCUGAGUAUACCCGUGUUCAUCUUCAGGGAAGUGAGAUAUUUCCCUGAAUAUGGUACUGUGUGCUAUCUAAACUAUCCAAACCACAACGUACAAGUUAUCUGUGAUGGGAUAUUGAUCAUUUUUAGCUUUGUUAUUCCCAUUUCAAUUAUCUCCUUUUGCACUUUUAAUAUUAUUCAGGCUUUGAAAUUGCAAGCAAUUGAGAGGUUCAAUGCUGAAAACACAGAACGAAAGGCCACCAUUUUGGUCCUGGCAGUCCUUGUAGCCUUCCUAAUUUGCUGGGUGCCAUUCCAUGUAAUCACCAUAGUAGAUGUGCUUUUACGAGGUGGGAUACUGGAAGGCUGUCACUUUGAAAAUGCUGUGGACAUCAGCAUCCAGAUCUUCACCUACUUAGCCUUCUUGAACAGCAUUCUUAACCCGAUCCUAUACGUUAUUGUAGGAAAGAACUUCCGGAAAAAAGUCAGAGAACUCUUCCAGCAGUGGGGCCACCAGAGGAAAACCUUAUCUGACUCCACACGUUCAAACCUGUCCUCCACAUUGAAAACUUCUGUAUAAAAUGCUGUAUGCAAAUUGCUUUUUGCACACAAAAGCACAGAAGGAUAGUGGGCAGUCAUUUAAUGAUAUUGUCUUAAACUAAAUGGUUCAAAUGAAAUCUAAAAUCAAAUGAAGUUCGUGAAAUCGCAGUGGAUGUAGCUUUGUAAUAAUCAGACUUAAUCAUACAUUGUUAAGAAACCUUUUAACGAACUCUUUCUUUAGUAUGUUAGCUGAUGCACAACGUCUCACUGUUACGUUUAGAAAAGGUGGUUGUAUUACAGAUUACUACCAAAUGCAAAACACUGUUGUUUAGCUUGAACUGGAAAAAAAUGAAGACAUAUUUUAUAUAUUGCAACAACUCACCAGUGUGUGAUAUUGUUGGAUUCAUAUAUUACAAACUGUAGUAGUCAUCAGUAUCUUGGCUGUACUGGUUCUGUGAUGUAAAUAUGUGUACUGUAAAAUAAUUUAUGUAAAUACAACUUUUUUGUUAUAAAGUUUAUUGCUGAAGAUGCAAAUGAUGCCACUAUUUGUUUCACUCAGAGCAUAACGAUGAAUAAAAUCAACAUGCGGUCUUUCGCUUUA